UGUGAAUCUCCUUUGAUUCUUUCUCUCUCUAGUUUUCAUUUUCUAUUGUUUUUCUUGAAAAUACAAGGAGAGAGAGCGGCUAUAUAUCUCUAUCAGCUCUUUCUUCUUGUCUCUUCAGACAUUUCCAGAUACUUUCUCUCUCUAGUUUUGUGCUUCUUCUUCCUCUUCUUCUCCCUCUUCUUCUACCUAUCCAUCUUUUCAACUUUUUCUUGAAACCCUUUUCACUUUCACUCAAAAAAUUUGUGAACUUUAACAUAAUCAGUACUGUAGCUGAAGAGCUUACUGUUGAAGCUCAAGUUGGAGAGAAAGAGAGAAGAUGAGUGCUUCAAAGUUCAUCAAAUGUGUGACAGUUGGAGAUGGAGCUGUUGGGAAGACCUGCAUGCUCAUUUGUUACACUAGCAACAAGUUCCCCACUGAUUACAUACCCACAGUAUUUGAUAAUUUCAGUGCUAAUGUGGCUGUGGAUGGGAGCAUUGUCAACUUGGGAUUAUGGGACACUGCAGGUCAGGAAGACUAUAGCAGGUUGAGGCCACUAAGUUAUAGAGGUGCCGAUAUAUUUGUGUUAGCUUUCUCUUUAAUCAGCAGGGCAAGCUAUGAAAAUGUUCUCAAGAAGUGGAUGCCAGAACUUCGUCGAUUUGCACCCAAUGUUCCAAUUGUUCUCGUUGGAACAAAGUUAGAUCUCCGUGAAGACAGAGGGUAUUUAGCUGAUCAUAUGGGAUCUAACAUCAUAGCAACUGCUCAAGGGGAGGAGCUGAGGAAACAAAUCGGUGCAGCGGCAUAUAUAGAGUGCAGCUCUAAGACUCAACAGAACGUCAAAGCUGUUUUUGAUACUGCAAUCAAGGUUGUUCUUCAACCUCCAAGGAGGAAGGAAGUGGCAAGGAAGAAAAGGCAGAGAAGCACUGGCUGCUCAAUUGUGGGUAUGGUGUGUGGAGGUUGUGUUUUGGAUGCCUGAAAAAGCCGAUUCACCUAUCCAAAUCUGUCUACGUGUGUAUCUUACGCCCUUCAACAUUGUUUGAUGGUCUUAUGGAAUUGGUUAUUGUGUAAGUCUAAGAACUACCUGCAAAGGAGAGAAGAAGGAAUUGCUCAUUCUCUCCAUGCACCAUGAAUCAUGUUCAUGUUUUGAUUUGUGCUUGUUAAAGUAAGAACCUGCUUAGUACCUGUUAAUAUCAUAAAACCCUUGCUAUUGGAUUUCUUUUUGUUACGAAACCUAUUUUGCUCUUAUCAGCUCUUAUCUGUAUAUGUAAUAGUUAGAAACGUUCAAGUCUUAGAAUAUGCUCAGUCUUGGCAUUUGGGAGAUGGUGAAAAGCAAAAAAAUUGAGGAAAGUGGUGUUGCCUUCAAAAUGAAAAUGAGAAAUGCUGUGUGUUGAGGGGUUUGGUGGUUGUGUUGAGGGGUUUGAACUAUCAAAAUUAAAUUAUCAAAUGUUGCCCUUUGUUUUU